GAAAAUAUAAACCCAAUAUAAAAGCCAUUAUGAGCACGUGACUUGGAACGGGAGAGAAGCCGACUUAUUUGAAGGCACAGGCAGAGCCCCUCAUUCUAUGCUAUCAAAACUAAAGACACACAAACAAAAGACACAAUGUUCAGUACUCGACACUGGGUUGCUGAUGGAGGAUUGGCUUCAACUCUUCAAAAUCUAGGUUAUUCUGUUGAUGGGGAUCCUCUCUGGAGUGCUCGUCUCCUUGCAACUGAUCCCGAUGCUAUUAAGAGGGUACACAAAAUUUUCCUAGAAGCAAAAGCUGAUAUGGUAACAACAGCAAGCUACCAAGCAAGCAUCUCAGGCUUUGUCAAACAUCUUGGUAUCACAGAUGUGGAGGCUGUGAAACUUAUGACUCUGUCUGUGUCUCUGGCAAGAGAGGCUGUUCAGGAGUACUGUAGGGAGAAUGAGAAGGAAGGAGAGAAGCCACUAGUUGUUGGUUCAGUUGGACCUUAUGGUGCUUGCCAAGCUGAUGGGUCUGAGUACACUGGAGAUUACAUAUCAAAAAUGACUGAAGAAGAGCUGAAGGUGUGGCACAGGCCUCGCAUGACUGCUCUGGUGGAUGCAGGUGUUGACCUUCUGGCUAUUGAAACUAUCCCCGCCCUUAAGGAAGCACUGGCUGUGUUGAGACUAUUAAAAGAAUUUCCAGGCGUGAAAGCUUGGGUCACCUUCUCUUGCAGAGACGGGCAGAGAACAAACUUCGGCGACCACUUCGGAGAGGCCGUGAGCAAAUGCUACGAGGAAUCCCCCGAGCAUCUGGUGGGCGUGGGCGUGAACUGCAGUCCGCCGCAGCACGUGUCGUCUCUCCUGAAGGAAGCUAACCUCACGCUCCCUGCUCCGGGCGUCAUUCCUCGCGUGGUUUACCCGAAUUCUGGAGAAGCGUGGGUGGCUGGGAAGGGCUGGGAAGGCCGUAGUACAGAGUGGUCGUACGUAACCGAGGUCCCAUCCUGGCUGCGGCUUGGGGCGAGCGUCGUCGGGGGAUGUUGCAGGGUCGGGCCGGCAGACAUCAGGGAUAUUGCUAGCAUUGUUGCAAAGAGCUCAUCGUCAUAGAAUUAUAAACCGUUGCUAUUAUUCACUGAUUUUCUGGCAUCGAUAUGAAGGUGAGAAAUAUACUUAGUAGUUUUCCAAACCUGC